AGCUUUCAUGCUGUUCGAUGGCUCGUGGAUCAUUUAGUGGAUCAUCUCGCCGUGGGCGAGGAUCUUCAAGAUCUGGGUACCGAGGUGCGCGCGGUUUCCGCGGCGGGCGAGGACGCGGACGCGGACGCGGAGGAGCCCCCUCCGAACCCCAACCACAGAGAGAAGAUGACGGCACGCAGCUCGCAGAGAGGUUCGAACAGGUCAGCCUGAACGACGAGGUGGACGAAAAGCUUGGUUUUUCGCGCGUGCAGGAGGGGUCGACGAGGGAAGGAUGGCUGAUCAACAUGCACCCGACGUUGAUGAAAGAUCCUGAAUGGCCAUCUGGUAAAGCAGCGGUGGACUUCUACUUCAUUCAAGACGAUGGAGGCAUGUUCAAGUGUACUCUGCAGUACGAGCCGUACUUCUACAUCGCAUGCAAGAGUGGAAUGGAAACGACCAUCGAAGAAUGGCUCAUGAAGAAGUACGAGGCGUUCAUCUGCCGGAUUACGCGGGAGAAGAAGGAAAACCUCAAGUUGCCAAACCACCUAAUGGGCCACAGACGGCUCUACCUCCAGCUCCACUUCAGAAACGUCUCUGACCUCCUUGCAGUCCGUCGGGACCUCAUGCCACUCGCCCUUGCGAACAGCGCCAAGCUCGACGCCGUAGACGCAUACGCGGAGGUGGUGAACUCGACAGCCAGUAUGUCGAUCGAGAUUGAGGGGGAAUGGAGUACGGAGAUCGAUGCAGGCUCGAGUUCCCGCAGGCCCGGCGCACGCGACAAGGACCCUCGAGAAGGCAUCAUCGAUAUUCGCGAGUUCGACGUCCCGUACUACCUGCGCGUUGCGAUAGACAACGAGAUCCGUGUCGGAUUGUGGUAUGCCGUGACGUUCACGGGCGGGCAGCCACAGUUCAAGCAACUCGUCGAGCGUGUGAAGCGAGCCGACCCGGUAGUCAUGGCUUACGAUAUCGAAACAACGAAGGCCCCGCUCAAGUUUCCCGACCAGGCGAUCGACCAGGUCAUGAUGAUUUCGUAUAUGAUUGAUGGCCAAGGUUACCUCAUCACAAACCGAGAGAUUGUUAGUGAGGACAUCGAGAACUUUGAGUAUACACCAAAGGAGGGAUAUGAAGGCCCCUUCACGGUUUUCAACGAACCCGACGAAGCCGCAGCCAUCCAACGUUUCUUCUCUCAUGUCCAAGACGUGAAACCCACCGUCAUGGCCACAUUCAACGGGGACUUCUUCGAUUUCCCGUUCCUGUGCGCGCGUGCCAAGGUGCACGGGAUUGACAUGUUCUUGGAAACUGGGUUUUCCAAGGACGCGGAGGACGAGUUCAAGAGUCGCACAUGCGUGCACAUGGACUGCUUCCGCUGGGUGAAGCGCGACUCGUACCUCCCCCAAGGCAGUCAGGGCUUGAAGGCGGUGACGACUGCCAAAUUAGGCUAUAAUCCUAUAGAGCUGGAUCCUGAGCUGAUGACACCAUACGCUAUGGAGCAGCCUCAGACUCUGGCACAAUAUUCCGUCUCCGAUGCCGUAGCGACCUACUAUCUGUACAUGAAAUAUUUGCAUCCAUUUAUUUUCUCGCUGUGCAACAUCAUUCCAUUGUGCCCAGACGAGGUUCUGCGGAAGGGCACCGGUACUUUGUGCGAAACAUUACUUAUGGUGGAAGCAUACCGUGGCCAGAUUAUCAUGCCGAACCGACACGAAGACGAACACGGGAACAUGUAUGAAGGUCAUCUGCUUGCUUCAGAAACCUACGUUGGCGGACAUGUGGAGGCCCUGGAAGCCGGGGUAUUCAGGAGCGAUAUUCCCACUUACUUCAAGAUAGAGCCUGCGGCAGUACAGAAGCUCAUCGAUGAACUCGAUGCUGCGUUGAAGUUCUGUAUAAUGGAGGAGUCGAAGGCGUCUCUCGAGGAUAUCACGAACUAUGACGAAGUCAAGGCCGACAUACAAGCUGCGCUGGAGAAGAUGCGCGACAACCCGCAGCGAAUGGACAAGCCGCUCAUCUACCAUCUAGACGUCGCGGCCAUGUACCCGAACAUCAUGUUGUCAAACCGGCUGCAGCCGGACUCGAUGGUUGAAGAAGCUGUUUGUGCCGUGUGCGACUACAAUCGGCCAGGCAAGACCUGCGAUCGCCGCAUGACAUGGGCAUGGAGAGGGGAGUUCUUCCCCGCCAGGCGUGACGAGUUCAAUAUGAUCAAGCACGCCCUCAACCAGGAGACAUUUCCUCCGAAACGACCCGGCAACCCCCCGCGCAAGUUUAUCGACCUCACCGAUGCCGAGCAGACAGCCCUACUACAUAAACGCCUCGGAGACUACUCGCGGAAAGUAUACAAGAAGAUCAAGGACACAAAGGUCGAGAACCGUGAGGCUAUCAUUUGUCAAAGAGAGAACCCCUUCUAUAUCGACACCGUGCGCCGCUUCCGUGACCGUCGAUAUGAGUACAAAGGGUUGCAUAAGACGUGGAAGAAGAACCUGGAAAAGACCCUGGCGGGACAAUGUUCCAUCGCAGAGGUCGACGAGGCGAAGAAGAUGGUCGUCAUCUAUGACUCCCUGCAGCUUGCGCACAAGUGCAUCCUGAACUCUUUUUAUGGUUACGUGAUGCGCAAAGGCGCUCGAUGGCACUCCAUGGAGAUGGCCGGUAUCACCUGCUUGACUGGGGCCACCAUCAUCCAGAUGGCCAGGCGCCUAGUGGAACAGAUUGGACGUCCAUUGGAACUCGAUACUGAUGGUAUCUGGUGUAUGCUUCCAGGCGUCUUCCCCGAGAAUUUCAAGUUCAAACUUGCAAACGGGAAGACUCUCGGUAUUUCGUAUCCUUGCACGAUGUUGAACCAUCUGGUCCAUGCCCAGUUUACGAACCAUCAGUACCAUGACCUCAAUCCUGAAACCGGAGAAUAUAACAUUCACAGUGAAAAUUCUAUCUUCUUCGAGCUCGACGGUCCUUACAAGGCCAUGAUCCUGCCAUCGUCGAAGGAGGAGGACAAGUUGUUGAAGAAGCGCUAUGCUGUCUUCAACGACGACGGAUCAUUGGCCGAACUCAAGGGCUUUGAAGUCAAGCGGCGCGGUGAACUCCAGCUCGUCAAGACCUUCCAAUCGCAAAUCUUCGAGCGCUUCCUCCUUGGCACUACUACAGAGGAAUGCUAUGCUUCAGUUGCGCAGGUGGCAGAUCGAUGGCUCGACGUCUUGUUCAGCAGAGCCGAGGAUCUCGAGGAUGAAGAGCUGGUCGAACUUAUUGCCGAGAACAGGAGCAUGUCGAAGACGCUGGCUGAAUAUGCCGGACAGAAGUCAACGUCUAUCAGUACGGCAAGACGAUUAGCUGAGUUUUUGGGUGACCAAAUGGUCAAAGACAAAGGUCUCGCGUGCAAAUUCAUCAUCUCCGCCCGUCCCAUGGGAGCUCCGGUUACUGAGCGGGCAGUCCCCGUAGCGAUCUUCUCUGCAGAAGAGAGCGUCAAGCGCACGUAUCUCCGUAAGUGGCUAAAGGACAACAGCUUGACGACCUUCGACCUUCGAUCGAUCCUCGACUGGGAGUACUAUAUCGAGCGUUUGGGGUCCGUCAUUCAGAAACUGAUCACCAUCCCAGCCGCUAUGCAGAAAGUGGCAAAUCCUGUUCCUCGCAUCAAGCACCCGGACUGGUUGCAUCGCCGAGUCGUUGCGCUAGAUGACAAGUUCCGCCAGCGCAAGGUUACCGAUUUUUUCAAUGGGGAAGCUUCAGGCAGUCAGGGAACGCAGGAUAUUGAGGAUGUCGGUGUUCAAGCGAAACGUGGUGAUGGUCUACGGAUCGCAGUCGUCAACCGCAAGUUCACCCGUAGAGAAGGGACUCCAGAAGCCAUAGAAGAAAUGACUCUGCCCAAUCCGCAUGUCAGCUAUUCUGCAUGGGUGAGAGCGAUGCGACCGCGUUGGCGACAUCGUCGAGCUGGAGAACAGGUGGUUGUCCCUGAAAUGUUCAGAGGUAUACAACCGAAGACCAGGACAAGCAAUCGCUGGGAUAUUGUCCAGAUCCGCCCCACCAAGAUACACGGCCAUUUCAAUAUGUGGUUGUCCGUCGGUGGCGAUCUCGUUUGCAUACCUCUUCGCAUCCCUCGCGAAUUCUAUUUGCACCUACGGACGCCGGCAGGGCUCGAUCAAUUCCAUGAAAGUUUAUAUUCGUGCGAGAAGGUCGUCCGCGGUCUGCCUCGGGACAUGCCAUGCGUCAAUCUCUACAAGAUCACAGUCCGCGAGGAGAUCUACGUCGAUGGGCAAGAGCACUUCAUAGACCUUACGAACGACCCAAUUGUUGACGGUGUAUACGAGCUUCAGCUUCCGCUUGUCAUGCGGGCCUUGCUCAGGUUGGGCAAAACGUGCGCUACUAGCAUCAGUGGAAUGACAUUGAACAGGGCCGAAAGCAUUGGCUUCGAUCUGGAGCAGCUCGGUCGUGCUGGCGUUUCAAAGCGCAAAUACCUCGACGAGAGCAGGGUAGGGAAGUACAUUUUCUUGUACCAUGCGUGUUCCAACACAGCGCCGGUCCAUGUCUUCGCCCUCUUCGUGCCAGACAGUCCUGCCAGAUUGCAUAUCGUCGAUCCCGCCACUCGCCGACAGCCUAUUCCGCAUCUGUCAGAGGUCUAUGCUGAUCUGCUGAAUAAACGGCAGCAAGCUCUCGGCUCGAACAUAUCACAUACCUAUCCUUCUUCAUGCGAAUUCACGAGCACAUAUCACGGCAAUGAUGUAACUGCACUAAAGGCGAUCUCUCGUGAGCUCGGUCUCCUAGAGACGCGGUCGUACGCGGUGGUCAUCUCCUCUAGCAAGGAGCAGACUUACUUCGAUGCAUAUAUUCCACGGCUCUCGAAGUUUCCAGUGCUGUCAAUGCCGAAAGCCAGAACACCGCAUACUCUGGAUGUGUUUCCGUGGCAGACAAGCGUCGCACAGAAGAUGAUUGGUCGAUACCUCUCAAUGGGCACAUGGCUCGAUAGGUCGAUAGCAUUAGCAAACUAUUAUGACGUGCCUGUGGGUCACAUCGACGGCGAUCAGCCGCUACUACUCUCCGAUAUCGACUUCGCUCGAAGACUGACUGAGCACGAUAUCGUGCUGUGGUGGUCGCCUGGAAAUCGGCCGGAUUUGGGAGGCAUUGAAGAUGAUUGGCGACCUACCGAGGAGCUACCUAAGACUGAGUUCAUGUCGCCGGGCUGUUAUUCGAACGUCUGCCUAGAAGUCACAGUGCGGAAUUUGGCUGUGAAUGCAGUGCUGCAUUCCGUCAUUGUUAAUGAACUAGAAGGAAGCGGAGGCGCGACGGCUUUCGACUCGUCGCAUACCCUGGACGAGUAUGCUGGUGCAGAGAACCAACGAGAUUUGACUCUGGGUGACUCAAAUGUUUCUCCGCAGACUUUCUCCGUUCUGAAGAACAUGGUCAAGACAUGGCUGCUUGACAAGAUCCAAGGCAACUUUGAGAGUCCGGCAACGGUGGCAAUAGACCAUUUCUGGCGGUGGAUCAGCUCCAACGUUUCCUGCAUGUACGACCCCAGCAUCCAUCGGUUCAUUCACGGGCUGAUGCGCAAGACAUUCAUCCAAAUGCUGGCGGAGUUCAAACGCUUGGGUUCGCAUGUUGUUUAUGCUGACCUGAGUCGCGUCCUUCUCGUCACUUCCAAGCCUCCAGGGACAGCUCAUGCAUAUGCCACCUACAUCACUACUGCCGUUAACUCCCAUGAACUCUUCCAGCAUGUUUAUCUGCACACAGAGCGCUUCUACGAUUUCCUCCUCUUCAUGGAUCAGGCCAACAUGGCCGGCGUAGUCUGCGAAGACCCGCUCGCUGUUGAGCAGCCACAGGAACUUUCAAUUGAGUUGCGGUGGAACAUUGAAACGUUCCUGCCGCCCGCAAUUCAGCGUGACUUCCGCAAUGUCAUCCGGUACUUCCUCGUGGAGUUCUUCCGGGCGUGUCAGAAGAGCAAGAGCAAGACACGUGCUCCUUUGCGCUUGCUGAGCAAUGCGCUGCCAGAUGCAACACAACGUGAUGCAUCGAAGAUGCAAGAGAUGGAAGCGAGCCGAGAGUUCAUCACCCGGCGUUUGACACGUAGGAUGCUGAAGACCGUGGGCGGGAUUCAAGAACGGCAUCGCGAGGCGAUGAUGGACGAGGAGACGCUCGCGUCUUGGGAAUUUCCCCUGCUGCCUGGCUCAUACCUUCAUUUGACGAACCCGAUCUUGGAGUUCGUCAAGUUCUGCUGCGCGGUGUUUGCGCUGGCAAAGGACUACCAGAUCGAGGUCGGCCUGUUGAAGCGCAACCUUCUCGAGCUCGUUGGCGUGCGCGAAUUUGCAAGCGAGGCCAUCUUCCAUAACCCGUGCGAACCACUCCGGCUGUCCAACGUUCCGUGCAGGCACUGCGACGCCCUGCGGGACUUUGACUUCUGCCGCGAUCCGGAACUGAUGCCGAACAACUUAGAGAUCAACGCGAGGUGGCUGUGCGUGCACUGCGGCGGCGAGUACGAUCGCACAAUGAUCGAGUUCGCACUGAUGGACAUGGUAUUUGAACUCGAGCGGCGAUUCGUACAGCAGGAUCUUCGGUGCGGGAAGUGCAAGAGGUUACAGUCGGACAACGUGUCGAAGCACUGUCAGUGCUCCGGAAGCUACCAGCUGAGCAUUAGCAAGGUGGAUGUGCGGCGAAAGCUGCGCACGAUUGUGAACGUUGCGAUCUCACAUAAUUUGAGUCGUCUACGAGAAUGCGCUCAAACCAUGCUGAAUGCUUGGUGACCAAGGCAUCUUGUCCAAGUCCAUUUCUUUUACCUGCUGCUGCUAUCGUUGUACUGUCGUUGAUAUUGUCUCAUAUCCGGAUCAUUAUUAUCUAUUCUUCAUUGUGUCCCGCGAUAAAGCGGAAUUCAAUAUGUCAAGAGUGGUUUCUGC